AUGUCAACGGGGUCUUCGGACACAAAGCUUCCCGGCAUGCCUGAGCAUCCUGCUUCGAAAACUGAUGCCCCGGGCCGGAUCAAGUACAGGAUUGAGUAUAUCAGUUCUGUGACUCCAGGAGGUGCCUCUAUGGAAGACCUAGAUGAAGCUACUGUCACUCUUGAAGAAUCGACCGUCAUGGAGUAUGUUGAAGUACGCCAUACGAAAGAAGCAUUGAAUUCCGACUCUGGAACGCACAGGACCCCGCGGAAAUAUCACGAGCAUUUAAAAGGGGCUUCUUACAUCACCAUACUCUCCCCUGCCGUCAACGAAGCCCUGAGAUGUGUUGUGGAUUAUUACCCUAACGUGAGUCUAUCCGGGAAUACUAUCAGAGUACACGAGCCAUACUGCAUAUUUGUCUUCUACGAGAAAGAGCUCACAGACUAUCGCAACCGCUUGGCAGUCCAUCAGUCUGAUGAUAGAUUGAUAAAUUGUCAGAAUCGGUAUGCUUAUAAACACAUUGGUAUUGUCCAGGACUUCGUGAAUGAACGUGUUCAGAAGGAUGUCAGCUUGGAGAGAGAACGCCAUUUACGAGGCUACGCCACUUUCGACAUGCUUUGGUUGCUCUACAAACCCGGAACAGACAUCUACGUGGACAUUGACGACGUCGGCGAACAUGAGCCUUGGGUACUCGAAGCUGUCAAUUUCCAAUUGAUAAACGGUGUAGCCGAUAAUUACGACUUUCGAUGCUGGAAUCUGAGCGGCAUCCCUGAAUGGGUAGGACCUCGCUAUUGCCAACAAUCAAUACGCAGAUAUGCCGGAGAGAAGGAGAUUGUCUCAUUGGUGGCCUUCCCAUGCGAAUGUUUGUCAUAUUCUAAAGAAAUUGGCGCCGGUGAUGCAGAGGACAUCCGGAAGCAUUUUGUGGACCGUGGUAGAAAGUGGUACAAUAUUCAGCGCAGCAAAAAAUGCUAUCAAUUCGAUGGCAUCACAUCGACAUUUCCAAGGUCCACGGAAUGCGAUCGUGCCACAAAAUCCAGCUUGGUGUUAGCAGAGACGGCCGCUCACCCCUCCGCACCUUUCAAGAUCUGUCCUUGCAGUCUCUGUGAGGAGCAAAUCUAUCGAAAUGCGGUCGAGCCCAAGUUCUCUGGAUAUUCCUGCUGGGACUCUCAUAUUGUCGAAGAGCUGACAGAACAUCAGUAUUUCAUAUGCUCCAGGACAGUGCAAGCCUUUGUUUUCAAGACCAGGACCUGGGAUUUCCUUCACGUAUCUGGAUUCCAAGAGCCUUCAUUCGACACCGCUUUAUUCGAAAAGCUCGUAAUGAAUGAAGCAACCAAGAAGAUGAUCAAGGACCUCACAGAGAUGUACAUAAGAGACACUGCGAAGCCAGGAUCUCGUGACGAAACAUCGUACAUCAAACUCACAUCAGUGCAUAAAGCGGUCAAGCCAAAGCAGGAAGCCAAGACAUGGUCUGCCGACUUUAUCCAAGGAAAAGGGGAGGGUCUCACGAUACUCCUCCAUGGGAAGCCUGGAGUCGGGAAAACUUAUACGGCAGAAUGCAUCGCAGACUACACCAAGCGCCCUCUGUUGUCUUUGACAUGCUCUGACAUCGGUGUGGAGCCCACUCAAGUUGAGCGCGCCCUCAUCAAUUGGUUCGAAAUGGCCCAAGCAUGGGGAGCCAUCAUCCUCAUCGAUGAGGCUGAUAUCUACAUGGAAGAGAGGCAGCCUCAAGAUCUUGUGCGCAAUCACUUGGUGGCCGGGUUCCUGCGGGCUUUAGAGUACUUCAAGGGGAUCAUUUUCUUAACCACGAACCGUGUCGGAACCUUCGACGAGGCUUUCAUCUCUCGCAUCCACGUACCCAUAUACUACGGCGAGUUCACGUUUGAGCAGCGCAUCAAGGUCUGGGAAACGUUCUUCGAGAAGCUGGAGUUGGAUAGGGAGAGUACAAUGCGCAUCAUCCCGUCCGCAAAGGACUACGUUCAGUCCACAGAGCUCCAGAACUUGAAGUGGAACGGAAGAGAAAUCAGGAACGCAUUCCAAGUGGCGGUUGCCCUUGCCGAAGCCCAGGGACAGAAAGAUGAGAAAGGACGCAUCGUUAUCAAGAAAGAACAUAUCAAGGCGACCGUGGACAUGUCGAAGGAGUUCAGUGACUACCUGAAGCGUGUCCACAACUAUGAUAUGAGCAAGAAGGCGGCGCUGAUGGGCGUCAGAUUUGAUGCAUACAACUCGGGAGCAGCUGGUAGCAGUAAUACGUCGUUCAAAAAGUAG